AUACAAAUCGGUAGGCAACAUAAAUCUUUAAGCAGUUGAUACACCCCAGUUUAAAGACUCAAAUGUGCUACCGUUACAUCGUUCAAAAUGGAAGCAACAAAUACCACAUAUUUUUUGGCCAUCGCAGCCACCGCGCUUCGGUCACGAAGCAAAAGCACGAUAAUCGCCGAAAGUGUUUUUCUCUUCGUCAUCAACAUAUCCGCCCUGGUGGGAAACUCUCUGAUCUUAUGGCUGAUUUUACGAAGCAGAACUCUGCGUCGCGCUGUCACCAACACUUACCUCAUAGCUCUAGCGUUCUCAGACCUCCUCAUGUCCAUCUUGGUGAUGCCCAUGACUUUGAGCAUUUUAAUCACCGGAAAAUGGGUCUUGGGUCCCUAUUGCUGCAAACUGCAAGGUUUCUCGAUUCUUGUCUUGGCGUGGGCCUCGCUGCAUAUCAUGGCUUUAACCGCGCUUAACAGGUAUUUCCGCGUGGUUCGUUCUGUAAGCUAUAAGAAGCGCUUCACUCGUCGCUUUGCUGCCUUGAGUAUCAUAAUCGUGCUGAUAAUCGCCGUGAUCUUGGCUCUUCUUCCCACGGUCCUUCGAUGGUCAGAGUUCACUUUUCGCCCGGAUAAAGUCUCCUGUUUUAUAACAUUCUACCCAGAGCUCCCAACGAUCAAAUCCAGCUACACCAGUUUUCUACUGCUGGUCUACACUGUCAUCCCCAUGGUAACCAUCAUAUUCUGUUACUUUAAGGUGUUCAGAAAUGUACGUCGUCAUGUGAAUAGCGUCCAGCCCUCCCUCGGUACCAGGAGUGCAAUGAACGGGGAGGAACUCCGAGUAACCAACACUCUCUUCGCGAUUGUACUAGGCUUUCUCACCUGCUGGCUCCCUGUGGUGGUGAUAGAGCUACUGAAUGCGUUCCUUGGUACAGCUAGUCUUCCUCGAUGGGUAUACCUCGUAUAUAUAUACUUGGUUUAUGUCAGCAAUGUGGUAAAUGCACUUGUCUAUGGGAUAAUGAAUAGGACGUUUAGGCGACAGGCCCGCUCACUCAUAGGAGAUAGGAGUGUGCUAAAUGGGGCUGUCGGAAACACAGUUGCAACUGGGGUCAACGUAGUGCUUCCAGUUAAAACGGAUAUGAAUACAGCAACAAGGAUGUAACGGUGGAUAACAAUGGAAUUGAUGACGCCCAUGAAGAUACGUUUUGUCUAAUAGAUUUCAAGGCCCGUACCCGGGGGGUGGGGGUGGGGGUGCAGUGCGUUCGUGCAGUAGGUAAAGAGUUUUCAUAUGAUAAAAAAAAACCGAAAUGUUAAUCCAUAUACAAGAGUAAAAUCAUUAACUAGCAUA